AUGCCGCGCCACCUCUCGGGACUGCUCCUGCUGCUGUGGCCGCUGCUGCUGCUGCCGCCGACCCCUGCCGCCCCCGGCCCCCUGGCCCGCCCGGGCUUGCGGAGGCUGGGGGCUCGGGGCCCAGGGGGCAGCCCCGGGCGCCUCCCUGCUCCGGCCGCCCCCACCGGCGCGCCCUAUUCCAGGGCCAGCCAGCGCGGCGGGGCCCGCGGCGCAGGUAUUUGCAAGAGCAGGCCCUUGGAUUUGGUGUUUAUCAUCGAUAGUUCUCGCAGUGUGCGGCCCCUGGAGUUCACCAAGGUGAAAACCUUUGUCUCCCAGAUAAUUGACACUCUGGACAUUGGGGCGGCGGACACACAGGUGGCAGUGGUGAACUAUGCCAGCACUGUGAAGAUUGAGUUCCACCUCCAGACCUACUCAGAUAAGCAGUCCCUGAAACGGGCCGUGGCCCGGAUCACCCCCUUGUCAACAGGCACCAUGUCAGGCCUGGCUAUCCAGACAGCGAUGGAUGAGGCCUUCACAGUGGAGGCAGGUGCUCGGGGGCCCACUUCCAACAUCCCUAAGGUGGCCAUCAUCGUGACAGACGGGAGGCCCCAGGACCAGGUGAAUGAUGUGGCGGCUCGGGCCCGGGCAUCUGGUAUUGAGCUCUAUGCCGUGGGUGUGGACCGGGCCGACAUGGAGUCCCUCAAGAUGAUUGCCAGUGAGCCCCUAGAUGAGCACGUUUUCUACGUGGAGACCUACGGGGUCAUUGAGAAACUUUCCUCUAGAUUCCAGGAGACCUUUUGCGCUCCAGACCCGUGUGCCCUUGGCACACACCAAUGUCAGCACGUGUGUGUCAGUGAUGGGGAAGGCAAGCACCACUGUGAGUGUAGCCAAGGAUACUCCUUGAACGCCGAUAUGAAGACAUGUUCAGCUAUCGAUAAGUGUGCUCUGAACACUCAUAGAUGUGAACACAUCUGUGUGAACGACAGAACUGGUUCUUACCAUUGUGAGUGCUACGAAGGUUAUACCCUGAACGAAGACAAGAAGACGUGUUCAGCUCAAGACCAAUGUGCCUUUGGUACACAUGGCUGUCAGCACAUUUGUGUGAAUGACAGAGAUGGGUCCCAUCACUGUGAAUGCUAUGAGGGUUAUACUCUGAAUGCAGAUAAUAAAACGUGUUCAGUUCGCAGCAAGUGUGCUCUGGGCUCGCAUGGCUGCCAGCACCUUUGUGUGGACGACGGGGCCGCGGCCUACCACUGCGAUUGUUAUGCGGGCUACACCCUGAAUGAAGACAAGAAGACGUGUUCAGCCAUUGAAGAAGCACGAAGACUCAUCUCCACAGAAGAUGCUUGUGGAUGUGAAGCCGCACUGGCAUUCCAGGAUAGGGUCAACUCCUAUCUGCAGAGACUGAAUGCCAAACUUGAUGACAUUUUGGGGAAGUUGCAAGCAGAUGAAUAUGGACAAAUACAUCAUUGAAUUACUCAGAUUUUUCACCUGGAAAUACAGAGGGCUUGGUGUAUUUAAUAUUUUUGCAUACUUCAAUGUUCCUGCUAAU